CUCUUGGCAGAGGAAGGAACUGGUGGUUAAGCAAGCUGCUCUCUGUACAGGAGGGAAUAAAGAACGGAAGCAUUGCUAGCAGGUGCCGUUGGGUUUGUCUCGACUGAAUUCUCUCGUGCUCCUGCUGCCGCCCUCUCUCCGACCCGUACCGGCUCGGCUUGGCUCGACUUGGUUUGGUGGUGGGAGAUGGAGCAUUGGAGGCAGUGCGCCAACUGGCUUAUCAACUGCAAGGUGCUGCCGCCCAACCACCGCGUAACCUGGGACAACGCUCAAGUGUGUGACCUCGCUUGGGCGCUGAGGGAUGGAGUCCUUCUCUGCCAGCUUCUCAACAACCUGCAACCUCACUCCAUCAACCUCAAGGAGAUCAACCUACGACCUCAGAUGUCCCAGUUCCUCUGUCUCAAGAACAUCAGGACCUUUUUGAAUGCUUGCUGUGAAAAGUUCAACAUGAGGAAGAACGAACUAUUUGAAGCCUUCGAUCUGUUUGAUGUCCGAGAUUUCGCUAAGGUCAUUGAAACAUUAUCCUUUUUAUCCUACACCGCUGUAGCACAAAGUAAAGGAAUCUGUGCCUUCCCGACUGAAGACAGCUUGGCUGAUGAAGAUAUCUACAGUGGGCUCUCCGAUGUUAUUGAUGAUACAGGAGAGGAAGACGAUGACCUUUAUGAUUGCGUGGAGGAUGAGGAUGAUGAAGGUGGUGAGAUCUAUGAAGAUCUGAUGAGGAAUGAGGUCACUAUGGCUCCGAGACUGACGGAACUCGACAAACGGAGCUGUUGUCUUCAGGAGAUCAGGCAGACGGAGGAGAAAUACACAGAAACGUUAGAAUCCAUCCAUCAGCAUUUUUACAAGCCAUUGCAACGAUUUCUUGAACCCCGGGAUCUAGAAGAUAUAUUUAUAAACAUUGAGGUAAGCUGCUCGCUGCCCCUGGAGUCUGUGAUUGUUGAUGCAACCUCGAUUUUGGAAAACAGUGCCCAGAACCUCUAUGAAAUCUUCAAUAACUACAAGAAGAAGUUGCUCCUGUAUGGGCGAUACUGCAGCCAAUUUGAGACGGCUUCAAAACACCUGGACAGGAUUGCCAACACAAGAGAAGACAUUCGGUUGAAGUUGGAGGAGUGCUCAAAAAGAGCCAAUAAUGGAAAAUUCACUCUUCGAGACCUGUUGAUGGUGCCAAUACAGCGAGUUCUUAAAUAUCACCUUUUGCUUCAGGAAUUAGUUAAACACACCACCGACGCGAGGGAUAAGGACAAUCUGAGAAUGGCCUUGGACUCGAUGAGGGAUUUAGCCCAGUGUGUGAAUGAGGUGAAAAGAGACCAUGAAACUCUCAAGCAGAUCACAAGUUUCCAGUGUUCAAUAGACAACCUGAACCAAUCCUUGGCCAACUACGGACGCCCAAAGAUGGAUGGUGAAGUCCGUUUAAUGACUGUGGAAAAACGCUCUAAGCUGGAUAGCAGGUACGUAUUCCUGUUCGAUAAAGCUGUUGUCAUAUGCAAACACAAAGGGGAGAACUAUGAAAUGAAGGAAAUUAUCGACCUACCGUUCUUCCAGAUAAGGAAUGACCCAAUUGGAAGUAAAGAAACCAAAAAGUGGAGCCAUAUGUUCCUCCUCAUUGACACCCACGGACAACAUGGCUACGAGUUCUUCUUCAAGACGAGGGAGCUGAAGAAAAAGUGGCUGGAGCAGUUUGAGAUGGCUUUGUCGAACAUCUUUCCGGAGAAUGGAACGGCGAACAACCAUGAGUUCGUGAUGCACUCAUUCGAAGAAUCAUCUACCUGCAAAGCCUGCCGGAUGUUACUCAGGGGCACCUUUUUCCAGGGCUAUCGCUGUAACCGCUGCAAGUCUGCAGCCCAUAAAGAAUGCUUAGGAAGGGUACCUCCAUGUGGUAAGCAAGAUUCAGGAUCUUCGACAUUGACUAAGAGUAAAAUCAGUCGAACUACCCCGACCCGAGCACGUGGAAGAAGUCUGCCCAAGACAGAGGUUUGCCAGGAGUAUUACGGGGUUCCCCCACCGCCAGUGGCCUUUGGACCAGCACUGAAGCUGCAACUGGGCGAUAUCAUUGAGCUCACCAAAGCAGAGGUGGAUCAACAGUGGUGGGAGGGAAGAAGCACAUCUACCAAUGACAUUGGUUGGUUUCCAUGCACCAAAGUAAAACCCUUUGUUUGCGCACUUGUGAAAGACUAUUCCUCCUAUUCCUGGUAUGUCGGCCCAUUGGAACGUUGUCAGGCAGAAACAAUGCUAAACAGCCGCUCGGAUGGGACCUACCUGGUGCGGCAACGAGUGAAAGAUGCCGGGGAGUUUGCAAUCAGUAUCAAGUACAAUGUUGAAGUGAAACACAUCAAGGUGACAACGACAGAUUAUUUAUUCCGUUUAACGGAGAAGAGAGCCUUCAAGUCAUUACUGGAUUUGGUGGAGUUCUACCAACAUAAUUCUCUAAAAGAAUGCUUUAAAGGGAUGGACACAAUAUUACAAAAUCCCUUCAAGGAUCCUGAGAAAAAGGUGGUCCCAAAAUUAUCAGGGGCCAGCAUGAAGUGCUACGGGACAGCGAAGGUUCGGUACGACUUCUCAGCGAGAGAUCGCACGGAACUUAGCCUGAAGGAAGGAGAUGUAGUUAAGAUUAUUAAUAAGAAGGCAUCACCUGGAUGGUGGAAGGGAGAAGUGUAUGGAAAGGUGGGCCUAUUCCCUGCUAACUAUGUUGAAGAAGAUUAUUCAGACUACUGCUAUUGAAGUAUCUUGGCCUAAUGGUCAGUUAUGAAGACUCAACUGUGAUGUUACAGCAGGGCAUUGAGACUCCAGCACAGAUGUCCUCAUCCAGAGAAUUACAAUGCUUCAACAAUCCAAAACAUAUUAGCCCUCUGUUCCCUUGUGUUAAAAGCAAUGAAAAUUAGGUUCUGUGAUACCCCGGAGCCAUGUACAUUUAUGUAGUCUUGGAGGAUAAAAAUGUCAUUAUUCUUUAGAUAGAACAUUUUGAUUUUUCUGUAUUUAUUAAUACGGUAUAGAAACGUAUGAAAUAAAUAUUUGCUUCUUUUUACGUGCAAGUCAGUGACCCAGGAGGUCGAAGAGCGCACUGUCUUGGGUAAAAGAUAAUGAUUUGGCUUUUCUACAACACGUGUCUAACAAUGGCGGCACGGUGGUGGAACGGUAGAGCUACUGCCUCACAGCGCCAGAGACCAGAGUUCGAUCCUGACUACGGGUGCUGUCUGUACGGGGCUUGUACGUUCUCCCCGUGACCUGCGUGGGUUUUCUCUGAGAUCUUCAGUUUCCCCCCACGCUCCAAAGACGUGCAGCUGAGUUACUGCCUGAACUUCCCCAUUUCCACGAACCUUUGAACCACAUGAACACACUCGGCCUUAGUAAACGUCAUAAUUUACUGGUGAUAUCAAGGUGGACCUGCACUGAAUGAGUCUGACAUUGAAAUGUCUGGUUAUGGAUCCCUGGACUAACACUGCUACAGGCAUCUUAUGAGAUAGCCCUAUUUCUGAAGCGAUGUAAAGCAGGGUAAAUGGGAAAAACCACUUCAACCCUCGAGUUUCAGAAGCAAAUUUGCAAUUUGUGCAAAAUAAAAUGUGGGAAAU